AUGGAACUUAGGAUGGAAAACAUCGGAAACCUUUAUACGGUUUCACAUUCUCAUCAAACGGACAAUCUGAUGAACUCUCCUCACACAAGACAGUCGGUGUCUCACCGUAACCUGGUGCACGGCCGACCAUCCAGCAUGGUAUCUAGCAUGGCUUCGAUACUGGACGGAGCUGGGGAAUAUCGCCACGACCACUCGCUCUCCGCUCCUUUUUCCACAGCUAUGAGUAUGCCCUGCGAUUCUGGCAUGAGCAUCAAUAGCACAUACACCACUCUGUCACCGCUACAGCACCUGCCAUCGAUAUCUACGGUAUCGGACAAAUUUGCGCAUCACCACCAUCCGCACUCACAUCACGCGUAUCAUCAUCCCGCGCACCAGCGCUUGGCCGCUGGAAAUGUCAGUGGCAGCUUCACGCUUCUGCGCGAUGAGCGCGCCUUGGCCUCCAUGGGCAACCUGUACGCCCACUAUCCCAAAGACAUUUCCUGCAUGGCACAGCCGCUCUCGCCGCUGUCCAACGGUUUAAGUACUUUGCACAGCGCACAGCAGCCUCUUUGCGCCUACGAUCAUGGUACUCACCUCUCCAGCGACAAGACGAUGUCGCGAGGAGGCUUCGAGACUCACGCCGGUCGGAGUAAUUUUGAGGGCCACGGUACCGGAAUCACGUCCCCUCUGAACGGCAUACACCACCCAGGUCAAUUGCAUUUUCACUCUAAUGGAUCUAUGCUGUCGGAGCGCGACAGGCAUGAAGCCAGUGGCACUCAACAAGCAGUCGGAUCCAGUCAAACAGAUGAGAUCAACACGAAAGAGGUGGCACAGAGAAUAACGGCAGAACUAAAACGCUAUAGCAUUCCGCAGGCUAUCUUCGCCCAGAGGAUAUUGUCUCGGUCCCAAGGCACGCUAUCUGACCUCCUGAGGAAUCCUAAACCGUGGAGUAAGCUAAAAUCAGGACGGGAGACGUUCAGGAGGAUGUGGAAGUGGCUACAAGAGCCCGAGUUCCAGCGCAUGUCAGCCCUUAGACUCGCAGAAGCUUGUAAGCGAAAAGAGCAAGAGCAGCUGAAGGAGCACCGCACAAUCCCUAAAAAGCAGCGCCUCGUGUUCACCGACCUGCAGCGUCGCACGCUUAUUGCCAUCUUUAAGGAGAAUAAGCGGCCAAGCAGGGAAAUGCAGUUGACCAUCGCACAACAGCUGGGUCUGGAGCUCAGCACAGUCAGCAACUUUUUCAUGAAUGCCCGGCGUCGCUGCACUACCCACUGGUAUGAUGGGCACCAGCAAGGUGACGGAAGCAGCACGGGGCAGACCGUCACCUCCACUGCCAAUUUCUCCAAAGCCUGA